GAGCAACAUGGCGGCGCUUUUCCUCGGCUUAUUUAGAGAAACGAAGGUCAGGAUACUGGAAUGUUCUUCCGAGUAACAGGCAGCGCGAUAUGACACAUGAUGAUUGAUUGCACUAUUACAAGAAAUUGCAGGAUCAUCCAGGUGUUUACAGAUUGAAGCUGAGUUGCUGAUAUGUGAAUAAGAUGAGUGGACCCAGAGAAAACUCAUUGGAUCCAGUAAAUUCUGAUUCAAGGAAACGGAAACUUUCAUCCUUUGAUGCUCAGGGAUCAAGUGUGAACUGUAGCAUUGAAAAACGUCGUCGUGAGCAAGAGAGCAAAUACAUCGAGGAGCUGGCUGAACUAAUUUCUGCCAACCUAAGUGACAUUGACAACUUCAAUGUCAAACCUGAUAAAUGUGCAAUCUUGAAAGAAACUGUGAGGCAGAUUCGUCAGAUAAAAGAGCAAGGAAAAGCAUCUUCAAAUGAAGAUGAUGUGCAGAAAGCAGAUGUGUCUUCGACUGGACAAGGAGUCAUUGACAAAGAUUCAUUGGGACCUCUCUUGCUGAAAGCCUUGGAUGGCUUUCUGUUUGUGGUUAAUCGAGAUGGAAACAUUGUUUUCGUGUCUGAAAAUGUUACCCAGUACCUUCAGUACAAGCAGGAGGAGCUUAUGAACACUAGUGUGUAUAACAUCCUUCACCAAGAGGACCGUGAUGAAUUUCUUAGAAAUUUGCCAAAAUCUACAGUAAAUGGGGUUUCUUGGACAAACGAAACACAGAGGCAGAAGAGCCAUACGUUCAACUGUCGUAUGUUAAUUCAGAUGCCAUAUGAUUCUUUAGAGGAAUCAAAUGGAAAUCAUGAGGCUCGUCAGAAGUAUGAAACUAUGCAGUGCUUUGCACUAUCUCAGCCAAAGGCUAUGACUGAAGAAGGUGAAGAUCUGCAGUCCUGUAUGAUUUGUGUAGCAAGACGGAUUACACCAGUGGAGAGAUCGCCAUUUCCCUCCAGUCCUGAAAGCUUUGUCACAAAGCAUGAUAUGACAGGCAAGAUUACCUCAAUAGAUCCAAGUUCCCUGCGUGCUUCAAAGAAACCGGGCUGGGAAGAUCUUGUACGAAGGUGCAUUCAGAGGUUCUCUCACCAUAAUGAUGGACAGCCAUGGUCUCUGAAAAGACAUUACCAUGAAGCCUUUACGCAAGGUCAAGCUGAGAGUCCCCUUUAUCGAUUUUCCUUAUCGGAUGGUACAAUAGUCACUGCACAAACCAAGACCAAACUUAUACGCAGCCCAGCAUCUAAUGAGUCUGUUGGCUUUGGCUCUACCCACUUGCUGCAAAGGGAACAGAAUGGUUGCAGACUGAAUCAAACCAACAUGGGGCAAGAAAUGAUGAAAACGCUUGCUACAGCAAGCACAAACCCUUCGAGCAAUAUGAGCAUAUCAUCAGGGGCAACAGGACAAGGAAUGCCGGUGCAAAAUAAUAUGAACUAUGGUGCAAAUAGUUUGAAUGACCCCAGUUCUAUGGGGCAAAUGGGACGGUUUGGUGCAGCAGGUGGGACAGCUGGUGCAAUGAACCAUGGGUCUGGUAUGCAGACUCCUAACUUACAGGGAAACAGCUAUGCACUCACAAUGAAUAGUCCCCCACAUAGUAGUCCUGGGGUGAACACAAGCCAACAAAACCUAAUGCUUUCACCAAGGCAUCAGGUGAGUCCACGAAUGGGACCCAACCAGUAUUCUUCAGCUGGUGGAAUGCAAUCACCAGUAGGGCAUAUUAACAGCACAGGCAGUAGCACCUUCUCUAGUAGUUCCCUUAAUGCACUUCAAGCCAUAAGUGAAGGAUUGGGAGUUUCACUCCUGUCAUCACUAUCAUCACCUGGUCAAAAGAUGGAAGCUUCCCCAAAUGUGAACUUGCUCCAGCAAUCAAAGAUGGGUAGCAUGGAUCUAAAAGAUUCACCUGGCCUUUUUGGGGAACACAACCAAGUUGAGAGCACAGUUGGUCGGCCAGAAAGCAGAGAUGCUCAUAGUGAACAGAAGAGCAUCAAGGAAGGAAAUUUAAACCUUUUUGGUAAUAACGACAACAUGGAGGGCCAGAGAAAAUUCCAUGAGAACAAAAACAACACCAAGCUGUUGCAAUUACUGACCUCCCCUACGGAUGACAUGGGGCUAACGUCUUUAACAAAUCCUAACUUGGAUUCCAGUGUUAAGGACUCCUCUCCCGGCAUCACAAGUCCAACAGGGGUCUCCUCAACUUCAGCUUCAGCUGGUGGCAAUGCUGCUGCAGCCACAUUGCAUGGUUCUUCUUUACAAGAGAAACACAAAAUUUUACACAAGCUGCUGAAGAAUGGAAACUCACCUGCAGAAGUAGCCAAGCUUACUGCAGAGGCUACAGGCAAAGAGUCUUGUCAGGAUUCGGGAAGUAUGACACCAGUUGGAGAUGCUGUGAUCAAACAGGAACAGAUGAGUCCAAAGAAGAAGGAAAACAAUGCACUACUGCGAUACCUGUUGGAUAAAGAUGAUCCAAAAGAACUCACUUUAAAGGAUAUUAAGCCUAAAAUUGAAGGAAUGGACAAAAUGGAUCCUUGUAAUGCAGCAAAAAUUUCAGGUUCAAUGCAGGUGAAAGAUGAAGUGCGCAUCAAGACAGAACCAACUGACCAGACAAGCAAUGAAUUGGACACUUUAGAUGAUAUUCUGGGUGAUUUGCCCCAGUAUUACCCUGAGUCUGGGAACAGCAGUACUAUGAUAAACAAGCAAGCAAUGUUUCAGGAUGUCAUGGCAUUUGAGAGAGGUCAUUCACCUUCCCCAGGAACAUCAAAGCAAAUCCGUGGCACUUUAGGCAGUCCACCACCAAUGCAGCCCUCUAGACCACGGUUUAACCGGGCCAUGUCAUUGGACAUAAACAGUCAGGGCCAGCCCAGUGCAGGACUUGGUCCUCCACUGAGAACCAGCAGCCCAUACGCAAUGAUGGCAAAGCAAGCAAUGUUGGCAAACCGGAUGGGAGGCAGCCAAGAAAGUUUUGUGGGGAGUGCAGGUUCACAUGGAGGUUUGAACAUUGCUCAACAAACUGCCAUGGCAACAGGAGAGUGGGGAUUGCCAAAUUCUUCUGGGAACGCGGGGCCCAAUGCUAUGAUCAGACCAGGUUCAGACUAUAGUUCGUCUAUCCAAAGAACUAUGGUGGGUAACUCCUCACUUGGAAUGCAGAUGCGGUCUAAUGGACAAUCCAGUGCGAGAGCAUUGCUUCAGCAACAGAUGAUGGGAUUGAGACCUUCAGAAAUGGAUAUGGGUCUUGGAGGUCCACAGUUUGCGCAACAGCAAGGUCCAACCAAUCCAGCUACAUCAUGGUCAGAAAGUGUCCUUCAGAUGGAACAAGGAACUUCAGGCAACCAGAGCAGGCAACCAUUUGGGAACUCUCUGGAUGAUCUUCUUUGCCCUCCCACUACUGCAGAGGCUCAGAAUGACGAGAAAGCUCUACUGGAUCAAUUAGACACACUGCUGAGUAAUGCAGAUGAAAUGGGUCUAGAAGAAAUUGACAGGGCUUUAGGAAUUCCAGAUCUUAUCAGUCAGGCUCAACCUCUUGAGACGCACUCAGAACUGUUUUCAGGCCAGGACUCAGCCAUGAUGCUAGAACAAAAAGCUAUAUAUGGUCAAUCAUUUCCAUCCCAGCCAGGUCCAGUGCAAGGAUGUUAUCCUUCCAUGCAGAGCCAGCAACCAGGCUUUAACCCCAUGAUGAAUCAAAUGGGUCAGCAAGGCAGCUUCCCUCUUCCCAACAUUCAUGCCAGAGCAAACUUUGCCCGUCAUCGUAUGAUGAAUGCUUCUGCUCCCAUGCAACUUAGAAUUCAACUUCAGCAAAGAUUACAAGGACAACAGCAGCUUAUGAAUCCAAACCGUCAGUCCCUUGGAGUCAAAAUAGAAAAUCCAAGUGCAGUCAAUCCAGCUCUCCGACCAGGCAUACCACAGCAAAUGCUGGCUCAGGGUUUUCUCAAUGCACAGAUGGUGGCCCAGCGGCAGCGAGAGUAUCGGAGCCAACAACUUCGCCAGAAGCAGAUAAUGCACCGAGCCAUGCUCAUGCGACAGCAGCAACAACAACAGGGCUUCAGCCCUCCACCGAAUGUAACCGCUCCCACAGGCAUGGAAGGUGCAAUGGGAGUUCCUCAAAUAACCCCAGCAUCACCACAGCAAUUCACAUAUCCUCCAAAUUAUGCGAUGAAUCAACAACCUGACCCAACUUUUGGCAGAGCUCCUAGUCCUCAUAAUGCACUUAUGUCAAGAAUGGGGCCUUCACAGGCUUCCAUAAUGCAGCAUCCUCAGGCAGCUUCUGUCUACCAAACAACCACUGACAUGAAGGGAUGGUCCACAGGAAGCAUGGGUGGAAAUAGUACGUUUCCACAACAGUCUCCACAACAAUUUGGGCAACAGACAAAUGCCAGCACAUAUAACAGCCUGAUGAAUAUGAAUGCCAACAUACCAGUAAAUGCUACUGGCAGCAGUAUGGGUCAGAUGCCAGGACAAAUGAGCAUGACUGCAAUGUCUGUGUCAGGGAUGUCAACUAUGGGUCCAGAACAGAAAUAUUGCUGACAACUCAGGAUGGCUGAUCAUCAAUCCUAAAAGGGUUAUUUUGGGUCCACGCAGCUUUUGAGAGCAAUGCACUGUGAGAACAUACAGCAAAGACUCUUGCACAGAGAUGGAAAUUGCGCCACCUUGUGUGCUGCUGGGGUUUGGUGCAGCCCAACUAGAACCACUGUGCCAGCCUGCUAAGGUGUACAUUUCUUAACAAAAGAGAAUUGUUUCUCUGUUUUUAUUAGAUGUGUUUGUUUUAUCAAGAAGAAGACUCUUGGCAACAGUACACCACUGGGUCAAAAACUCAAAUCGUUUUGGAUUUGCUUUGGUUUUUAAUUGUCCUUUAGUGUCACCUGGUUGCUACCUUCUGCUUGCCAAAUCUUGCAUUUACUUUAACACAGUACCUAGACUUGUUUUAUGUUUUAUUUUGGCAGUAUUGUGAAAUGUCACUUAUAAUGUGGUCAUUACUUUUACAGACAAUUGAGGGGAAAAAGCUGUGACUGCUGAGUGUCAGCAUAGGACAGUGUGCUCAUUGAUGCACUUUAGAGAGGGUUGACGUAGUCAAGGAUCACUGCAAUGUUUCUUGAUCACUGUAUGUAAUUCUGCACAUUAGUAAAUUCUUGUUUUUGUUUUCCAAAUCAUCUUUGCUUUAAAUAUCCCAUUGGUAUUUUACAGUGGAACAGAACUGUAUGACCAAUGUCCAACUUUUUAAAUCUGCAUAUGCAAUGCCAAGCAAUAAUCUUCUUUACUUUUAAAAUAUUGCAGAUAGAAUUUCAAAUGGGGUAAAUACAAGGUGCGUGCUGUUGAUUCAAAGCAAGGUACUGCAGCAUAAAACUCUUGAAAAGCUGGCUCCUGUGAAUAUAUCUUGUAAAUAAUGAAUACAAUACUAUAUUAUAUAUACACUUUUAUAGGUCACACUUUCUGAUUUCUUUUUUGCACAGCAUUGGUGAGGCUAAAUAUUCGAUAGACUCUUAUUUCUGUACACUUGCCUUUUAGCACCAGUUCAAGUUGUCUGUCCUGUUUGCAAUGGGCCAUGACAAUUGAGCCAUUCUGUAAAAAUGUGCAAAGGCUUUAGAUUUUUUCCAUGUUGAUCACCCAGAUUUUAUCUUGUGCUGCCAAUCCAGCUUUUAACUUUCUAAAAGCUCCCCUCCUCCUCUCCCCAUCAAUAUAUCUAUAAAAAGAGGUGUUUCUGAAAAGUGCAACUGCAUAAUCCUACAUGAAAAUCAAUGCUUAACUUGACCAAACAGUAACUGAUCAGAAGUUUGUAAAAUUAUUUUUUUCCCUAUUAGUGUUCAUUUUGUUUAUUUUGAAAUAGAAUUGCCCAUCAAAUGUUGCUUGGCCAUCCCCACACCUCUGUGUGAGAGACAGAGAGAGAGGGGUUGCCUGUAAAUUGCUGAGUAAUGGUUUAGUAUCUGUACUAUGGUGAUUGAUGAGAUAUGGAUCCUUGUGAAGGGGAACUUUAGCAUUCCAUUACGUCUGCAAAUAUGGGGAGAUGGAAUCAGAUUUGCAUCAUUGAAAUAUGAUUCAAUAUUUAUGACAGGUUUUAAGAGGUCUUGCCUCAAACAUCAGCUUACUUUACAUAAUUAUACUCCAAAAGAAUAAUAAUCUUCCUAAUUAUUUUGAGUGUUAGCUAAUGAUUUUGUGUGAUUCUAAAUGAGCAACCUUUAUGAUGACUUGGUGAAUAAUUAACAGUACUGAACAUCAUGCAAGUCAUAGUGAUAACAAUUAAUUCCAUGAACAAUUUUUGUUUAACUGUGAAACUAAAUUUUCAUUGCUAUUGAUUUUUUUGGGGGGGUAUGUCUUUCAAUUUUCUGUUUAAAAAUUCUGCUCAGAAUAAUCUGGAAGUAACUCUGUUACCAAUUAGAGCCACUAAAGUCAAGGUGUGUUUAGAUUUGUUUAAGCAAAAACAGACUUUAGUUGAAAGAAACAGAUGAAACUAUAGAUGUGAUUUAGAGAAGCCGGUAUUGAACUGGGGUGUACAAAGUUAAAAAUCAAACAAUAUCACGUUAUAGUCCAACAGGUUUAUUUGGAAGCACUAUUUCAGAGCGCUGCUCCUUCAUCAGUUGGUGGAGCAAUGGUCUGAAAGCUAGUGCUUCCAAAUAAACCUGUUGGACUAUAACCUGAUGUGUGAUUUGUAACUUUAAACUAUAGAUGUUAGAGUGACAAAGCAGCUUAAAGGCAAUGUGCUUAUCACAGGGGAAUGGAAUAAUUUUGCACAUGUAAGCCAGUUUGUAGUUUGUGAUCCUAAAUGCUUAUUGUAGCUAGUGCAAAUUAUUUUUCUUUUACUACCGUUCCUGUUUGUUUCUUUUAUUUAUUUCUACUCAAACGUUGUGGAUCGCUCCAGCAAAUCAAUCAAGUUUGGAAACGUCUACUAAUGUAUUUUAAGGAAAACUUUACUCAAUGUACAACACAAAAUCAUGACUCAAAUUUGAAUGCAGAAUUAGUUACUGCCACUGGAAAGUUAUUUUUUCCCUAAAGGAUGCAGCAAUUUAAAUGGAGACUUCUAUCCCCCUAAUGAUUGAAGUCAAAUGUUCAGGUGGUAUAGAAAUCUAUUGCAACAAUUCAAUUGACUGUAAGAUUUCUGUGCUGCUAAUACGAGUUUGGUCAGGUUACUAUAGAUUUGGUAAUUUGUUUUAAAAAGGAUCAGUAUCUAUGAUACUGGAACUAUGAUAGAAAAAGAUAAUGUCAAGUUUGGUUAACUUGGUUAUUGUAACUUGAAUUUGUGGAAAAGCAAGUGCUAGAUGAGUGGAAUAAAAAGACUGCUGUUCUUGACAGCUGAUGUGAACAUCAUCUUAAGUUAAAUCUGCUUUAGUUGAAGCAAUGGGUACAUUUUGUGCAACUAAUGGCCUGAUGUCUUGUCUGAUCAUAUUGAUCACUUAACUGCGUUGAAAAGAAAAAUAAUUGUUUUUAACAGCAAUAUAUACAUUCCACAUUUAAUGUGUUUUUUUAAUGUCAUCUCCCCAAUCUUAUAAGAAAGAAAGCGAAAAUUUGAUUUAGGUUUUGAGUUCUUAGGAUGUGUUACUCACUGUGCGUCAGCUCUCAGGAAAUUGAAAGGAAUAUUGCUUUACUAGGUAAGGUUUAAGUAACCUUAAGUAACUGAUUUUUAAUUUUAGAAGAAUCCCUUUAUGACUCUGUUGAACUUGUUUAGGGUUUUUUAUGAAAUUAUCUGAUGCUGUCCAGAUAAUUGCUGUAGGCUACUAUCGCUGCAUUUUGAACAUGGGACAGGCAUUUGGCAGCCAUUGACUAGUGCUGUCUGGUGUGCAAAUGACCCAAAAUAAAAUUUGGCUGUCUGAAGCCAGCCAUGCAUACAUGGAGCUGGGCAAUCCAUGCGACAGAGGCAUUGCAGUUCAGCUGCUGCCUGGCCAAGUUGGAAACAGAAAAAUGGCUGCGUGCCUGCUGUUUCCACCAAUUUGGAAAUAGCAUUUCAAUCCUGUAGAAAUAAAGCUGAGCUUUGAGAGUGGAAAUACAAACUUGCCUUUAUUUAUAGAUGGGUAGUUCACACAGAGAGAGAGCAUUUUCAGAAUUGCAAGAUUAAUCAUGGUAUAUUUACAUUGAUGAUUACAAACUUUUGCUGUUAAAAAGACUCAGGUUUGCUCCGCAUUUAGAGUGAGGUCAAAUCAAAUAAACUUGACUAAAUUGGUUUGAUAAUGUAAGGGAUUAUGGUGAUAACCCAGUAAUCUGACGUUGACUGCAUUUCGGUAAAUGAUUCUUAGUUUUCCAUGUGGUUCUUAAUACUAUAUUUCAUCUGUAUUCAGUUGCACUUUUCUGUAACCUGAGGAGGAAGUGGACAUUAAAAAUACUGUACCUGUAUUUGACAGACUAUCCUUAAGAAAACAACCUAUUAAAGUGCAAAUUUUAUUAUUCAUUAUUACUUUAUACUUGGCUUUGCUUUCCCCGAUUGAAUUUAGGCAUGAUGAUUUGGCUGAUCUCCAUAACAUGUAUACCAAAAUCCUGAAUAUUAUGGCAAUUUAGCAGGAUUUACUCCUGCAUAAAAAUGUUCAGAUCUCAAACUGCAGAUUGAUGUAUGUACAUUCCUCACUGGAAAAGAAUAUCCAUUAACAGCUGUUGACUUGGUACCAUGAGCAAUAUGGGUAGUUAAUUUUGAACAAAAAAGGCAACUUGCAAAGCUAUUCGUCUGAUUCCAGAUUUGUUUUAUUGUGCUGAUUCACGGUGUAUGGUGAGGGAUAAAUCACAUGCAUCAUCUCAAUAGAGAAGGACAUUACUUAGAGUUCCCAAGUUACUAAAGUAAGUUUGUUUUUACAUUUAAAGAAAAAAAAAGGCUUUUUUUUAGAAACAGUACAAUAUGCUGGUGUUUGAUUUUUAAGGUUUUACAGAAUUUACUACAAGCUGACUUUAAAAAUAAAGUGAUAGCAAGUUCUGAUGAAGAGUUUUUGUAUAGAGAUAUUUAUAAAGGAUGCAAACUUGACUUAACUGUUGAAUGCCUCAACUCAAUCCCCCUUUUCUUAAGGUGAAUAAUAUUUACAAAUUAUCAGUGCAUCAACUCCUGUUAGAGCUUUCAAGAGUGGAAAAUGCCUGUUUUCCUUCUAGUAAAAUGGUGUUCUGACUUGCUCAUGUGAUGUAGAGUUAACCUCACUGCAGAAGUUAGCAGUAUUUUGAAUCUCUGAUAUCUCAGGGAUUUAUAUCCUGAUAUCUUAGGAUAUCUAGACAGUCACUGAAUCAUGCAAGCGAGAAUGGCUCCAGCUUUAAUCUCAAUUUUGUACUGAUAUGACAAUGGUGAUAGGCUGUAGGGAAGAAAGGCACUACAGUUGUUCUCAAUGACUCUGGGCUGGGGAUGGGAAACCCACCGAGGAAUCUCUCACCCGAACCUGCUGGAGUUUGUGUAUGAACUGACACGUGGAAUGCAGGGCUAGGUCGGUUAGAAGCCGGCUGUAAUAAAAUAGCUUAAUGAUACAUUCAGUCCAGGAUUCUAGAUGGGUAAUGGCUAAUUCGAUCAGGUAUCUGAAAUAUCCAGUGCCUGCAGAACAGUUCAUUGUGGAGUCAUACCUUCAAGAAAAGGGGAGAAAAUGUACCUCAUGGGUCUAGCACUAUUAUUUUAAUGAAAAUUUUAUACAAUUCGGACUUCAUUCCGAAAUGUGAAUACCUUUGCCUGCAAAUUGACAUCAUUCUGUGAGUCUGAAUACUGAUGUCCUUAACUGAUAUUGGAAGUUCAGAGGGCUGAACUGCAUUUCUGUUGCCAAUCUCCAGAAAGUUUCUUAUUAGCUUCCACCUCCAAUUCCCUGGCAUAAAUGACCAUUUUACCUAAUAAUGCUUCACAACACAAUAAGUUCACAGCACUAUGAUUGAAUCGGAAUUAUGUUUUUAAUCCAGGAAAUGAUUGUUUUGAAUUCCAGUAUAAUACUAUAUGUCCGAACUGAACUAGGUGCUUUUAGAGGUUUGGGAUUUUUAGUUACAAUAUGAGUAGAAAAUUGAGUUUUGAUUUUUUUUUUCGCUGAGAUUGCAUACUAUUAUAGAAAUCAGAUCAUGUGUAUUCAAACUCUUUACUUACUCGUAACACCAAAUUGUCCAUUGAUUAUAGUUAAUGUAUAGGUUUACCCAUUGGAGAAAACUAUUUAUUAUUUAAGUAAGGAAUAAUUCAAUGCAGGUAUUAUUAUGAGUCACUUUUUUCUUUUUUUUUCUUUCAGCCUCAACCUAACUUUUGUUUAAUUUUCUUUAUCGAGUUUUUUGUUGGUGGUAGACACCUGUAAAAAAAAACUUAUGAAAUUGAUAAAUUUAUCAUGCUGUAAAAGCAAUAUUUGAAAGGCCAACUCAAGGAGACCUACAGUAUUGAUGAGUAGUGCAGAUUUAAUUUAGCUCCGUCUAAAGAUAUCUAAUAUUGCUAUUUGUAUCCCAAUGUUACAUUUCAUGCAAAGCAAGGUAUGAUAGAAAAUUUGUUUUAAAAAAACACAAAAACACAAAAAAGAUUAAGGUUGUUAGCAGAUAUUGCUUUUACUGAUUUAUUUGCCUCUUGAUGUUAAUGUUGUAAAUAGAGAUUUCUAUUUAAAAUGUCUUUGGCGAUUUGUUACCGUAUCUUGCUAUUCAACUGUUUGGAAACAGAUGUUGUAAGAAAGCAUUCUGUAAAAGUUGUACAUUAAAUAC